AUGUGGAGCCGAAAUAUACUCACUUUACUGACAUUAGCUACCACAAGCUUGUGUCUUUUUCCACCAGUAGCUGACCCCAGUGCAUUCGAAAAAUAUGAAAUAAAUUAUGUAACACCUCAAUACUGGGAACAAUCUGUAAUGAAUAAUGAAACAUUCCUAGAAUCCGGUAAGAUAGUGACAAUGGGACAAGAUCUAAAAUGUUUUGUCUCGAAUGAUACUAAGAUGUCCACUCUACAAGAAUUACAAAGCGAUAAGGAAAAUUUCCAAAGGGUACUCAAUGAUACUUUGGAUCUGGGUGUCGACAUCGUUAAAGGUAUACUACCAGAUCAAUGCAUAGGAUAUAGAAGUGGCUUCUGGGCAUAUCAAUACUGUUCCAAGAGACAAUUUAGCCAAUAUCAUGGGACACCUACACACCCAACAUUAAUAUACGUCCUGGGGAGACCAGAUAAGAGGGAUUCAAAUCGCCAUUUUGAACUUUUAUAUAAUGAUUUCGGAUAUUAUAUUAAUGAAGUCAUUGGCUCAGGUGACAUAUGUGACUUGAGUGGUGAACCAAGAACCAUUGAGGUUCAAUAUGUUUGUGGGUCCGCUGUGGGCGAGGCAUCAAUUCAAUGGGUAAGAGAAGUAGCUACUUGCAAAUAUCAGGCGCAGAUAUCAGUACCUGACUUAUGCAACGUGGAUUUGCUGUCCAUUAAUGAAGAUAAACACGCUGCAAUGUCCAUAUUUUGUUCAAGAUCAAAUGAACUAGAACAUGGCGUCGUUGAUUUAACUACUUUGUAUGAUCCAAUAUUCUUGGGAAGAUCUAUCUACCUCUUAAGACCAAAUGCCUUGGGAAAUAAUAAAAAAUAUAAAUUAAUGUAUUCAGGACCACUACCUUCCGGAGAAUCAUGGGAACUUCCCAGCGAACAUCUUUACAAAACAUUUAAUACAAUAUUUGGAAGAAUGAUGGACCUUCAUUUGUUAAAAGAUAGUGAUGGUUCUAUUGCUGAAAUUGGAGACGCAUUUGAAUGGAUUGCUGAUAUCGUUGAUACUGAUGGAAAAUUUCUAUCUAGGUUUAAAGUAAAGGAAUCACCUAAUGACACACUAGAGCUACUUUUAUUUAAGAGUCUCCAUUCUGGAGUAGAUGGUAAUUUUAUCUCUUUCCAAAAAUUAGGUAGAAAACUUAAAAAGAAUAAAAACGCUCAAGCCCUUAAUUCAAAUGGGAAAGACAUUUCCUUUGACUUCUCAGAAGAAAAACUCAAGAAAUUAUUAAGCAAUGCCGGUGAUUUAAACUUGGUUAUGGUCGAUCCUGUUUCUGGAGUCCAAAGAGUAGUUCAUGAUAUAGAUACCAUAUACGAACAGUUAUUGCAUUCAGGGCAAAUUCUAGAAGUACUUGGAGAUGAUAUUGAUAUUGAAAAUAUAUUACAAAUGAUGCAGCUGGACGAUGGAGAGCCAACUUUUGUUAAAGCAGUGGAACCUACCCAAGAUGAGAACAUUCCAAAUGAAAACGAAAAAAGUAAUAUAUUAAUUGAUAAAGAAGAGAGUGGAGAGAAUGGCCAAAAUGAUGAGGUAGAAGCCACAUUAGAAAAGAAGGAAUUGAAUGUUGAAGAUGAUUUUCUCGAUAACAAAAAUAACUUAGAUAAUCAUGAUCAAAUAGCUCAAGGAGAUAUGGAAAACAACGGAGAAACAUCACAAGAAAAUACUGACAACCAAAGGGAGCCAUCACAAGAAAGUACUGAAAACCAAGAGGAAACAUCACAAGAAGGUACUAAAAACCAAGUGAAUGCAGAGUCGCUGAAUGAAAACGAAUCUGAUGUAACUCAAACAGAGAAGGAUAUCGAAACUAAAAAGGAAGAGCAGAAGGAAUCAAGCAUUGAGGUUAACAUCGAAAAGGAAGAGCGUUUAGACGAAAUUCCAUUUGGACAAGCAAAGGAGGUCAAAGAGAAUGAAUCUAGUUUACCGGGUGACCAAAAUGAACCUAGUGCUGGAGAAAAUAAUGAUCAAUAUGAUGAAAGAGAUACUAAGACUGAAAUGGAUGGAAGUGUAGAUCAACCGAUAGAGGAUGCAUAUAAUAAUAUUCAAGCUGAACAUGAUGCUGUGAAACACACUAUGAUGGAUAGUCAAGUAAGCUUCGAAGAAGAUGCAGCAACUCUACAACGGAAUACAGACCUAACGGACCAAGGCACCGACCCUGUUGACCCUGCAGCAACAAAUGAAAACGUUGAACAAUCUGCUUCAUUAGUUGAAAGCGGACAACCUGAUGUAGAAGGGAAUGAGAUUCUAACAAAUAUUGCUUUAGAAGGUUCUGAAAAAAAUCAAGAAGAACUAAACACUCCUCUAGAAGAUGACAUACAGACCGAAAGUCCUGAAAUAGAAGAUGCACCUCAAAGUACGAAAGAAGAAAAAACUUUAUCACAAGAACUUUCUCCUGAAAUAACAACUAAAAUAGAGAUUGUUGCUGAGCCUGAAGUUCAAGGAAAUGACGAGGUUACAAUAACUACUAUGCCAACUGAUGAAGAAUCUGAAAGUCAAGAAGCAAAUGUCGUGAGUAACAAUGAAGGGCACAUAAGGACCAAUAAUGAGGACCUUACUGAUGAUUCUGACUUUGUACUAGAAGAGGUUGCAGAACAUACAAAUGAAAUGGACAUUAAAAAUGGAGAGGACGAUACGGAUAGGCAUGAAAGUACUGAAGACAUUGUUUCAAAACCAGAUGUUGCAGAAGAAGUGGAACAUCCCGAAGUUCAAAUGGCGUCUGAUGGUCCUGUAGAUGAACAUACUUCUAAUACUGGUGAUGAAGAUAGUGAAAACAAUAAAAUAGAAGACAAUCACGGAGAAGAUCUGAAUAGUAAUAGUGCAGCUGAAGUAAGACAAGAUGAAACAAUAUCGACAUCCAGUCAUUCCAUAAAUGAACAAAUUGAUUCUCCUAAUGAAGAGCAAAAUGAUGAAACAAACAUUAUUAAGCAUGACGAAUUAUAG